CCUUUUUUCCCUCAUCCCCCCUCCUUUCUGGAUCCUCCCCCUGCUGGUCCAUCUGGUGCCGCGCUCUUACACAUCCAGCAUCAUGGACGUCGUCAAUCAGCUGGUGGCCCAAGGUCAGUUCAGAGUGCUGAAAGUUCCCCUAGGCUUCAUCAAGAUCUUACAAUGGUUCUUCGCUAUAUUUGCCUUCUCCACAUGCGGAAGCUACUCGGGAGAGCUGCGCAUGUCCGUGGAGUGCAAGAACCGCACGGACAGCGACCUGAGCCUCGAGGUGGAGUUCGAAUAUCCUUUCAGAUUGCAUCACGUGUACUUUGACGCCCCCACCUGUAAGGGGGGCAACACAGAGCGUGUCUUCCUGGUAGGCGAUUAUUCCUCCUCGGCCGAGUUCUUCGUCACCAUCGGCGUCUUCUCCUUUCUGUACACCACGGCGGCGCUCGCCAUCUACGUCUUCUUCUUUGAGAAGUACAAGGAGAACAACAAGGGCCCGCUGGUGGACCUCGGUGUGACCGCCGUGUUUGCCUUCAUGUGGCUGGUGAGCUCAGCGGCCUGGGCCAAGGGUUUGUCUGACGUCAAGAUGGCCACAGACCCAGACCAGGUCAUCACUUUCAUUGAGGCCUGUGAGGCCGAGGAGAACCGUUGCCGGGAAGUGCACGACCCCGUCAUGUCUGGACUCAACACAUCAGUGGCUUUCGGCUUCAUCAAUCUGGUCCUGUGGGUGGGAAACCUGUGGUUCGUCUUCAAGGAGACGGGCAUCAUCGCCCCCUUCAUGAGAGCGCCUCCCGCUCAGGAGAAACCACCCACCAACGCGCAAGGCAUUUACGAGCAGGACCCUUAUGCCAGCAACCAGGGGGGCUACCAGCCUGAAUACAACCAGCAGGGUUACAACCAGGAUGCAGAGCAGGGGGCGCCCACCUCCUAUUCCAAUCAGAUGUGAGCAGACAAGAAGUUGGAAACGUCAGAGCAAGGCGAGUGCCAGCCUGAAGCCUGCACACAAUGCAACACUCCUGAAAUGUUUACGAAGGGGUAUUUUUUAGCAUUGGUGUUCACGUUAAUCAAUUGGACAUGUAAAAAAAAAAAAAAACUAAACAAACAAACAAACAAACAAACAAAAUAAAAUCAAACAAUAUACAGAUAUAUAUAUAUAUAUUACAUCAUGUAAGUCAUUGAUAAACAAACACAGUUUUCUUAAACUAAUACCACUAAAACUAUUAUAUGUUAUCAGGUUUUACUUUGGGCAGUGCUUUGUGAGAAUAGUAAACUAAAUACUUCUGUUUUGGAAGGAUGGAGCUGCUUUAACCAACGCCUCCAAUCUCAUCACAUUGAUCGAACUGAUUGACUUCUGUUUGCUCAUGAAAAACCUAUUAGCCUCGUUUUCCCCCACUCCACUGCAAAAUUUGGUCUGUCUAAUUAGUUUAAGCAGACUGUGAUUGUCUCUGGUUACUUACUAUAGAUGGUCAAAUAAAUUUCAUGACCACGUUAUACAGAAACCCACCUAAAAAGGUUUGUAUUUGGCCACAAAUGCCGCAAGAUUGUGGCAAAGCAUUUUCCCCUACCUCUAGACAAGGUUAUGGUCCGACUAAAUGAAGCUCCUCCCCUCACUUCAAUAUAGUUCCUGGUACCAACAUGCCAGAAGAUGGAGUCAAACAUAUUAUCAAAUUAAAGAGCACAAAAAAUGUUUCAACAAAUAAUGAAAAAUAGUUUCUGAAAAGAAAAAUGUGGGGUUUACUGUAUAUGCAUAAAUAUUUAUAUUAGCUAUAGCUAAAUAUCCUAAAUACAUAUCUAUUUGUUUCUCUUUGUCGAUCAACAGUGAGCAUCCCGUGUUCACUAACCUCAACCAAACUAAAACUGGUUUUAAACCUGAAAACAAGCACGUGUCUUCAGCCACAUCAGAAAACAAAAUGGCUUCCUUGUUGUAGUUUUUAGUGACUCAACAGAAAUGAAAAUGAAAACCAUUCAUAAGAAGCAACCUAGAGUGACUAGUUUAGCUUCCUGGCUAAAGUUGCCAAAGUGGAUCAAUCCCUCAUUCUUGUGAUGGACAUUUCUCCUGAUAUUCAUUUUUUCCCUUUCAGCCAAUCAUCAGCCAUUUUUGUGGAUGUUUGUGUUGUAUAGUAACUGAUGGUGUGCGGGUGCGUGUGUUUUACCGUUCUCCCUCUGCUUGACACUUUUCUUUGUUCCUCUUUUAUCUCUUCCCCAUGUGACUAUUUAUCGAGAUGACCAUAGACAUUGGGUGCGUUUGGAAAUUCAAUCCAACUCCCUAACUCGACUCUGAGUGAGUGUGUUAUUGAAUUUAGUGUAUAUUUGAAUUUCCAUUAUUUUGAGACCCCUAAAAUUUCCUGUCAGUCCACAAGCUUCAUAUCAUACUUUAACAGUUUCCAUGUUCGUACGGCAAGCCGGUUCUUUCACACUAGUUAGAAUGGUCAGAGUGUGAUCCGGUAAUCCCUGAUUGUGACAAACACACUAACCGAACAGCACAAUCAAGCAACCCUUUCCGUCUCUGAAUAUUCUGGAGUGAAGUAGAAUGCGUUCAGAGAACAUUUCCAAAUGCACCCAUACUUAAACAGAUGCCUCAUUGAGUGGGUAUGCUUAUACGAUAUACUAUACAUCAGUGUGUCCGUUGUAUUGGACUUUGCAGAUCUGCCGUAAAAACAAUUAGUAAAUGGACUGCAACUCAGAGAGCCACAACCUACAAAAUGAAUGAGUUCCUUUCCUUCAUUAUGACAUUAUUUGUGAAGCAGAUAUUCACAAACAUGUGUAACUUUUAUGAUGAUUACAAUCUCUUACCCCUUAAAUUUUGUAUUUAGGAAAUUGCUGCAAUGUUUAGUUGUAGUACCAUGAACAGUUAUUUGGGGAAUUUAUAAGACGUUUGAGGAGAUUUAGUCUGCUGUAGUUAUCUCGAGCGAAGUUACUGUUCCCGAUUGAAAAUUCUCAUCACACGAGAAGGUGCUAAACAUCAGAGAAGGUACUUGUACACAGAGAAGGUCAUAUUCCUACGAUGACUUUCUAGUCCUAAAGUAAGGUGCUUAUUUCCAGAAAAGGUUCAAAUCCUAUGAGAUGAUUCCAGUCCCAGGAGAAAGUUCCAGUCCCGGAAAAAGUUCUCUUCAGAGAAGGCUCUAGUCCUGAGAAUCUAGAAUCUUAUCUCAAAAGUUAUUCUAGAGAGGUUUUAAUUCACAGAGAGUAGGUUGUAGUCCCCAGAGAAAGUCUUUUGGUUUGUGCGUUUAACAUCUACAUUUAAUUGAUUUUUUCCCCCCAAAUGUGUUGUAUUUAUCUUUUAAAUUAGGUCAAACACAAGAUAAUUCAUUAAAAAAAAAAAAAAAACAA